CUUCCGGAGGCGGAUUGUUGACGCCCGCUGCUGCUGUGGUGGCGACCGAGCGGUUGGGGAGGGGCUGACGAGGGCGGGCGACGGCGCAGUGACAGGCAGCGCGGAGGGUGCCCCCGGGGCGACGAUGGCAGAGGGACCCGAGGAAGCCCGGAGCCGCCCUCCGGGGCAGGACGGCGGUGGCGGGGACCGCGAGCAGGUCCCUUCCGGGCCAGGCUCUCCCGCCGCCGCCAACGCCGCCCCCCGGCCCCCGACCGUCGCCUCGGCCGUCUCCAAGCCGGAGCCGCAGCAGCAGUGCGAGCUCCGCAAGCGCCGGGACGCGGGCGCAGAGCCUCAGGAGCCCGGGGGCUGCGAGGCGUCGGACGCCCCGGGGCGGCUGAGCGCGCGCGAGUACUCGCGGCAGGUGCACGAAUGGCUCUGGCAGUCCUACUGCGGCUACCUCACCUGGCACAGCGGCCUGGCCGCCCUCCCCACCUACUGCGGCCCGCCGCCAGCCGCCCCGCAGCCCGCAGUGCCCCCGCCGCCCCAGCCGCCCCCUCCGCCGCCGCCGCAGCUGGCGUACUACAACCCCUUCUACUUCCUGAGCGCCGCGGGGCCUGGGCCGGGGGCGGCCACGGGCGGCGCCACCCCGACGGCCGUCGCGGGCCUCACGGCCCGGGCCCCGCACGUGCAGGCAUCUGCCCGGGCGGCCCCUGUGACCAGGGUGGGCUCUGCAGCCCCUGCGCGGACGGCGAGCGACACCGGGCGGCAGGCAGGUAGAGAGUAUGUCAUUCCAUCCUUGGCCCACAGAUUUAUGGCAGAGAUGGUGGACUUCUUUAUUCUCUUCUUUAUAAAAGCAACCAUUGUCUUGAGCAUCAUGCAUCUCAGUGGGAUAAAGGACAUCUCUAAGUUUGCCAUGCACUAUAUAAUAGAAGAGAUUGAUGAAGACACAUCAAUGGAAGACCUGCAGAAAAUGAUGGUUGUGGCGCUUAUAUACAGGUUGUUAGUUUGUUUCUAUGAGAUAAUUUGCAUUUGGGGAGCAGGGGGAGCUACACCAGGAAAGUUCCUGCUAGGACUUCGAGUUGUAACAUGUGAUACAUCAGUACUCAUUGCUCCAAGUCGGGUUUUAGUGAUUCCUUCCUCAAAUGUUAGCAUCACAACGUCCACCAUACGAGCUUUGAUCAAGAAUUUUUCUAUUGCUUCUUUUUUCCCUGCUUUCAUCACACUGCUGUUUUUUCAGCAUAAUCGAACAGCCUAUGACAUUGUAGCAGGAACCAUUGUGGUAAAAAGAAAUGGGGUCAGAUGAUGCCCCAGAACCCUGAAUUCCACUCUUAGGAAUAAUGACAAGACUAAAUUAUGUAUCAAGACCAUCAUUAUCUCUGGGUUACAUUAAUUGAUGAUUUAAAAAUUAAAGCAGUCACUCUAGUGUGAUGCAGGGGGCUGUU